GACAUGCACGAGACUAAUUAAUAUCUAACAACCAUUUUAUACAACUUAAUCAAUAAAUUUAUUAAGGAAUGCAGCUCAUCUUUCACAGUCUUCCAUUUAUAAAAAUGAGAAAAUGCAUUAAAAAUAAGAGGUAACAACUGAAGACAGUAUCAAAUCGUUUUCAAGGAGGAGAAUUAUAGGGUUUAUAUCAGUGAACCUUGAAUUGGUUGGUAGACCAAGGUUUGAAGAAGUCUUGAGAGAUUGAAGUACAAUGAGGGAGGAGUCAAGAAGGCUUGUGAUCAGCACAACUUCAGUAAUCUGUUUACUUCUGAUUGCUUUGGUUUGCAUCGAUGGUUUCACAUCAAAUGCUAACCCAUUUGAGUCCUGGAAGCAGAAGCUGUCAAAUUGGAGAGGAAUUUUGCAGAGAAGAGAAGUGGAUGAAGGGGUGAUCAUAGAAGAAGAAGAAGAGAGUUUGAAAUUUGUGUUAAGAAGACUAGUGAGAGGGGAGGAUCGACAGGAGCUGGAAAAUACAGGCUUUUCUUGCCACUUUGAUCUUCACUCAGAAGUAUGUGUUGUAACCAAUCCUGUUAGGAUUGGUAACAAUGGGUUGACGAUUCAUGUGUCGUCUGAUCAAGAAAGAAACGAGACAACGGUUAGGCCAUACGCGAGAAGAGAGGAUGAAACUGCCAUGAACGAUGUUACAGCAUUGCAGAUAGUUUCAGCAGAUACCAAUUUGCCUCCUUGCAAUUACACUCACAGUGUCCCUGCCAUGGUCUUCUCCUCCGGUGGCUUCACAGGGAAUGUAUUUCAUGAGUUCAAUGAAAUUAUCAUCCCCUUAUUCAUCACUUGCCACCAUUUCCGGUCACAGCUGCAGUUCAUCAUCACUGACUUCCAGCCUUGGUGGGUGGAAAAGUACAACAGAAUCUUGAAACAAUUGUCUAACUAUGAGGUGAUAAACCCAGCAGCAGAUGGAAGUGUUCAUUGCUUUCCAGGAUCCGUUAUAGGGCUCAAGUACCACAAUAAUUUAGCACUCAACAAAACUGAAAUUCCGGGAGGAUACUCGAUGUUCGACUUCAGGCAUUUCCUCAGAAAAGCAUACAACCUGCAGGUAAACGAUGUUUCAGAGAUUCAAAAGCCAAGAGCAAUGCUCAUUACCCGAAACGAAACAAGGAGAUUCUUGAACGAGCACGAAAUGGUGAGAGCAAUGGAAGAACUAGGGUUCCAGGUUGUUGUACCAACAGAUAACUGGAUGUCAAAUUUGGACACAUUCGCAGAAGUAGUUAACUCCUGCAAUAUUAUGGUUGGAGCUCAUGGUGCUGCCCUAACAAAUGAGCUGUUCUUGCCUAAUGGUGCAGUGAUGGUGCAAGUGGUGCCGCUCCAACUAGAGUGGGCAUCGACAAACUAUUUUGGCAGUCCAGCCAACGAGAUGGGUAUAAACUACUUGGAGUACAAGAUUGAACCAGAGGAGAGCUCUCUCUUGGAAAAGUAUGGUCGGGAUCAUCCAGUCAUCACUGAUCCCCAAUCCAUAGUUUCACAGGGAUAUUAUCCCUUUAGAGCUGUUUAUGUUGAUGGGCAGGAUCUAAAGGUUAACAUAACAAGGUUUAGGAAGACUAUUGUUCAAGCGAUGGAACUUAUCGGACUCUCAGUUCCUCUAGAUUGAACAUAUGUCUGUACAAGAAAUUUCCUAGAAGCACAAUCACUGUACAAAGAUUGAAGAAGACUACAUUACACAGCAUAUGAAAUCCUUUUUGGUAUAAGAAGUAUAUUUUUCUGUUUCAAAAAAUCACAAGCCAAUAAAAUGGGUAUUUAUCCUCA